GUCACAGUUCUAGUCCCGCCGAGGAGAUAGUAGGAGCUCCUAGCUCAGAGUCUGCAGAAGCGUACAGCUCCAUCCACAGCACUGACGGCAUGGAGCCACUGGACAGGUCCAGCCAGGGAACUACCAGCUUGCUCAGUCCUGAAGUCGACGAGGAAGACGUACUACAGGGUGUGGAGGCUGCGGUGCUGUCUCUUAUUGAAGAGUCCGACAAGGAGGAAGAGGAGGCACAGCCCAAACCUGAGCAAGGCACAGCGGCAACAGCACAAAAGUCGGCAGGAGCCAACGGCGGAGAAGAAAAAGUAGGUGGCGGCGUUGGUACAGGAGCUCCUGGCCCCGUAGAAGACGAAAACCACGAGGGCAUCAGCAGCAGCAAUGGCAACGAUGAGCACAGCAAGGACAACAACCAGGAACCCGGACAGCAGGAGCCGCCCCGCCAGGGUGCCAGCUCGGGACCAGAGCCUGAUAACAUGGAGCGGCCUUUCGUCCACCCCUUCACGCCAUCCCAGCGGCGGGAGCUGGAAGGCAUUUUCCGACGCACACAGUUCCCCAGCGAGUUCCUAAGAAGGGCGCUUGCAAGACGCAUGAAUGUGACUGAAGUCGUAGUGCAGAUUUGGUUUGAGAAUAGAAGAGCCCGCUGGAGGAGACAUCAGAGGGCAUUAAAUAUGAGAAACGCAUCGCACCCCAUUCGCAUGGGCCAGCUUGUCAUUGUACCGUUGCUUAUCCCCUAUAAUACCAUCCUUAUCCAGGGGUGGUAUGGAAGAUGGUUUGUUCUGGAGCCACAGCCAGUCUGGCAGCCUCUGCCCAUGGCAGUUUUUCCUCCUCUUUUCUUUUCUCCUUCACCCUUGUUUUAUCCACCUAUGCCUCCCCCUGUCCAGGCCCAAUUUGGCCCAUUCUUUUUUGUUAUUGUCCAUUUCUUCACAUUCUCCGUUGUCUAAGGUAUAGUCUCUGUGCCACUUUUUGCCAGAGUGUGUUUGACCCAGAUUCAUGUUUUGCAUAGCACCCCAUCACAUGUCUAUUAAAUGUUUUAAAGAAAAGUACAACAUCAUGGAACCAUUUUUAGGGCACUUUUAAAAAUGUUUCAAUAAAUAUGUGCAGAG